GCGGGGUGGGUCGGACCCGAGGCUCACGGGGUUUGAUCAUCAGGGUCCGGGAUCGGCAGUAGGACGCGGCGUUGCGCAGAGGUGGAUCUAGGAGAUUUGAGUCGCCCUUCAUUUGGUUCCUUUUUGUAUUUUGUUCUUGUCCUUGACACAUGUAUUAUUGCUCUUCUGUCGGACUAUCUCACUUCGGGCAAAUCGAUAAUUGAAAAUAAUCCAAUAUCAAAUCGAAUCCCGAAAUGGCUCUUGGUCUCUUCGUGAAGAUGCAGAAGAUGCUCCGGUCUCCCCCGCGGCGGGUCGCGCAGUAGGAGAAGCUCUCUGAGGAACUGAGAUCAAGUUGUGAUUUGUGACGUGAAGAGCUGCUAUCCCGUCGGAGUACAGAGGAUCUCUAGAAGAACAACUUCCUAUCUGGAACCUUCCAGUGAAGACAACUUCCUGUCUGGAACCCACCAGUGAAGAAAACUUCCAGUCUGGACCUCAUCUCUAGAAGGCCACCUUGUUUCUGGAGCCCCUCCAGUGAAGAUAACGUCUGGAGACCUCUGUAGUAAGUUCCCUCGGAAUCCUCCGACCUCUGCUUCCACCACCACCUCCCCAUCGGUGCCACCCCUACCACCACGCCAACGGCCAUGGCUCGGAGCUCCUCUGGACGGACAGCUCCAGUCCUACAGCCCUCUCCCUGGAGCCAGUGAGCACAGCGCACAGAGAAGGAACAGAAUAGAGGAGCACAAAGGCCAGAGGAGCUGGGAGCCCGUCCCUCUGGCAGCCAGCAGGGGGCGCGCCCGGCCAGAAGCCACACUGGGACUAUGCAGCUGGGGCCGGUGGCGCUGGCACUGGUGAUGCUCAGCUCCAUGAGCACCAGCCUCCCGGAGGAGGGGCUCGCCCAGCCAGCGCUGCCCAGGGCCCGGAGGCACCGACGGGUCAGCGCCGAGGGUCUGGCGGUGUGCCCCAAGGGCUGCGAGCGCUGCUCCGAGUACAACGGCUGUGUCAAGUGCAAGCCCAAACUCUUCAUCUUCCUGGAGCGCAACGACAUCCGUCAGAUGGGGGUGUGCCUGGCCUCGUGUCCCGUGGGGUACUUCGGCAUGAGGAACCCCGAAACCAACCGCUGCACGCAGUGUAAAAUAGAAAACUGCGAGGCGUGUUUCAACCGCAACUUCUGCACCAAGUGUAAGGACGGCUUCUACUCCCACCGGGGGAGGUGUCAUGCGACCUGUCCCCCCGGCCUCACCAACACCAACGGCACCAUGGAAUGCAUCGGCCAGCCGGUGGUGGAGUGUGAGCUGGCCGGGUGGAGCGCGUGGGGCUCCUGUAUGAAGAAGAACAAGACGUGUGGCUUCAAGAAGGGCUCCGAGGCCCGAGUGAGGCUGCCCCUCCGGCCCGGCCCCCCAGUGGAGGGCCCCGGGACCCCACCGGCUCCGCUGGCCCCCCCGCCCUGCGAGCCCCAGACAGAGAGGAGGAAGUGUGUGGUGGUGAAGACGCCGUGCACCAGAGGGAGGAGGAACAAGGGCGAUCGACGGCACGACCCCGGCACCCGAAAGGAGAAAGAGAACAGUCGGGGGAGAGGGAGGGAGGGAGGGGGAGCAGGGGGAGCAGGAGGAGCAGGAGGAGCAGGAGGAGCAGGAGGAGCCAAGAGACGGAAGGCCCAGAGCCAGACCAGCACCCAGCCCGGCUCCACCACCCGCUCCUCCUUCAGCUAACCGGCUCCACCACCCACUCCUCCGUCAGCUAACCGGCUCCACCACCAACCACUCCUCCAUCAGCUAACCGGCUCCACCAUCACCCACUCCUCCGUCAGCUAACCGGCUCCACCACCAACCACUCCUCCAUCAGCUAACCGGCUCCACCACCCACUCCUCCGUCAGCUAACCGGUUCCACCACCCACUCCUCCGUCAGCUAACCGGCUCCACCACCCACUCCUCCAUCAGCUAACUAGCUCCACCACCACCCACUCCUCCAUCAGCUAACCGGCUCCACCACCCACUCCUCCGUCAGCUAACCGGCUCCACCUCCACCCACUCCUCCAUCAGCUAACCGGCUCCACCACCCACUCCUCCGUCAGCUAACCGGCUCCACCUCCACCCACUCCUCCAUCAGCUAACCGGCUCCACCACCCACUCCUCCAUCAGCUAACUGGCUCCACCACCCACUCCUCCGUCAGCUAACCGGCUCCACCACCCACUCCUCCGUCAGCUAACCGGCUCAACCUCCACCAACUCCGUCAGCAGAGAGCGACUGAGAAACAUUUGCAGUUGGGGUUUUAAUAAACUAUCAUGUAGAGAAUCUGAGGUUUGACACCAGGUCUCCCCCAGACCAGGACCAGGUCUCCCCCAGACCAGGACCAGGUCUCCCCCAGACCAGGACCAGGUCUCCCCCAGACCAGGACCAGGUCUCCCCCAGACCAGGACCAGGUCUCCCCCAGACCAGAACCAGGUCUCAACCGGACCAGGACCAGGUCUCCCCCAGACCAGGACCAGGUCUGGCCCAGACCAGGACCAGGUCUGGCCCAGACCAGGACCAGGUCUCACCCAGACCAGGACCAGGUCUCACCCGGACCAGGAACAGGUCUCACCCAGACCAGGACCAGGUCUGACCCAGACCAGGACCAGGUCUGACCCAGACCAGGACCAGGUCUGACCCAGACCAGGACCAGGUCUGACCCAGACCAGGACCUGGUCUCACCCGGACCAGGACCAGGUCUGACCCAGACCAGGACCUGGUCUCACCCGGACCAGGACCUGGUCUCACCCGGACCAGGUCUCACCCAGACCAGGACCAAGUCUGACCCGGACCAGGACCAGGUCUGACCCGGACCAGGACCAGGUCUCACCCAGACCAGGACCAGGUCUGACCCGGACCAGGACCAGGUCUGAACGAGGAACAGGUCUGAACGAGGAGCAGGUCUGAUGAGGAGCAGGUCUGAACGAGGAGCAGGUCUGAACGAGGAGCAUGGAGGGAGAGGAGACCAGCGUGAGGAUCCACAUGAGGGAUGCUCUAACAUCCACACAGGAGGAGCUGGAGAGAGGAGAACACGG